AUGAUCAAGAGAGGUAGGCAGGAGGGCUGGCUCAAAGAGCCCAUUGAGUCGCUGCCAAGAUGGGCCACCUUCCAUGGAGUGAACUUUAAUCACGUCAAGAUUGGCCCGUUGCCAGGGUUCGAAGAGAGGGGCUCGACUGUCAUAGCUUCUCGUGAGCUUCAAGGAGGCAGCGUAGAACCUCUCCUGAUCGUGCCAAAGGAUCUGAUAAUAUCGCGUACGAACAUCGAGCUCUUCGCCAGAGCGGAUCGUCACCUACGAGAAGUUUUGGAAGCCAUUGGCGAAUUUGGACGGACUACCAGAGGUGCCGUGCUCACAUUCCUGCUGGUGCAAGCAACGAUAUGCUGUCCAGACGUCAAGAACAUCGGCGUCCUCAACCCUUUGACGGAGUACAUCAAAUAUCUGCCUGAUGAGUUGCUGCCCACCUUCUGGAGCGAGGAGGAACAGGAACUCCUCGAGGGCACGACCCUGAAACCAGCCGUACGUGCCAAACUGAACAGUCUACUACGAGAGUUCGAAUCUGUCCGAACCGCAACAGAGUCGAUUGAAUGGUGCGCGAAGUAUUGGUGGGAUGAAGACCAUGGUAUGAUCACAUUUGAAGACUGGAUGCUAGUCGAUGCCAUGUAUAGAUCUAGGGCCCUUGAAUUUCCGGGUACAGGCGACUGCAUGAUGCCGUGCGUCGACAUGGCAAAUCAUGCAUCAGGGGAAGCAACAGCCGCAUUGUACGAAACCGAUGACGAUGGGAAUGGCCUUCUCUUGCUUCGGGAGGGCAAGACCGUCGUGGAAGGAGGCGAGAUCACGAUCACUGUAGGUUGGGAAAGCGACUACAUCUGGCUCGUCGUUAUCAACGAAGAAGAUGGCCUAGACUUCAGGAUCAGGCAAACAGUUGACGGCAAACGAGAGAUACAAGCUUUUUGGAAAGAACUGGAAUUGGAUGAUACUUCCAAGCUUCGGGACUACCUUCAAGAGGACCCCUCUUGGGAUGUAUUCCAGCUGCGAGCUGUCGUUCUUCUCCAAAAUCAGGUCGAGGCGCAGAUGGAAACGAUCCAGGCGAUGCAAGGACUAAACCAAGAGUUGACAGUCCGGGAUGUUCCUUGGAGACUUGCGGAGCGUCUCCGAAAUCUGGAAUUCGAUAUGUUGCAGCGUGCAGCGCUGGCUCUUGACAGUCAGUACUUGGGUAUGGCAGAAGAUGAUGGAGAGGAAGUGGACUUCACGUGA